CUGUCGCAGCUCAUAAAGAAGCGAGCAGUCUUCAGAGAGGGAGAGCUAUACGUGUUCCUGCUUCAACAGUGCUUGAACGGAACCCGCAGCCAGGACCUUUCGAAACAAAAUCCACUUUACAUUCCAACUCUCUCUAAUAAUCCAGCCUUCACAUAGUCCUAUAAAAACGCACUACAUCUACAAAGCAUACCCCUUUAAAAAGCGUGUUUAAACAGCUUGCAUCGUCGACGCUUGACUCCCGUUCAAGGACAUUUUCAGACCGUAACCAUGAGCUCCCAAGUCAGACAGAACUUCCACCAGGACUGCGAGGCAGCCAUCAACCGCCAGAUCAACCUGGAGCUGUACGCGUCCUACGUGUACCUGUCCAUGUCGUACUACUUCGACCGGGACGACGUGGCGCUGCACAACUUUGCCAAGUUCUUCAAGCACCAGUCCCACGAGGAGCGCGAGCACGCCGAGAAACUGAUGAAGCAGCAGAACCAGAGAGGGGGGCGCAUCUUCCUGCAGGACAUCCGGAAGCCGGAGCGUGACGAGUGGGGCAGCGGUCUGGAGGCUCUGGAAUGCGCUCUGCAGCUGGAGAAGAGCGUUAACCAGUCCCUGCUGGACAUGCACAAGGUGGCGUCCGAGCGCAACGACCCGCACAUGUGUGACUUCAUUGAGACGCACUACCUGGACGAGCAGGUCAAGUCUAUCAAGGAGCUGGGAGACUGGGUGACCAACCUGCGCCGCAUGGGAGCUCCCCAGAACGGCAUGGCAGAGUACCUGUUCGACAAGCACACCAUGGGGUCCGCGCAGAGCUAGACUGGCCUGACCCCCAGCCUCCCCACACCGGCCCCAAGCCAGCAUGCAUUGGAACGUCUACUGCCUCUCGUACCGCACUGUGUGCUAUCUGUGUGUGUGCGCGUCCCCCUCCAUGUUGUGUGGCUUCAUAAGUGACCGUGUUGUGCUUGUAUUUAAUAAAUAAAGAAACUUCUGAAAUCUUC